GUGAGAGAGAUCAAGUAGUAAUACCUCCUUUAUCUUCUGCACCAGAGUGAAGCACCAACUCCUAUUCACUCUCUCGCUCUCCCUCGUCUGAAUGUUCAGGAGAACGUCGCCCGGUUCUGGGAUUGUCAGCUCGGUGAGAAAGACCCAACACCACCGCUGUCCUCAGGUCGGUCCAGUCCAAGGCUUUACAGAUCAUUUUUCAUAAGAACCAGGACCAAGACUGUCAAGGGGCAGAACCAAAGACCAGAAGCUUUUUUGAGAAAAAUCUUUCAUUGACUUCCCCUGGACUGCAUCUUUAACCUGGAGUCACUAGUACUGGAUUAGGAUAGUUCUUUUCCCCCACUUUCUUUUGACAAAUCUGUGUCUCCAAAAGGUGCCCAACUGAACUUUGGUUCUGUCCUGCCAGGUUCUGAACCGCAGAGGAGGAGCCACAGGACAUCUGCACCGUUGAGGACCGGUAAACCUGCACCGCUCCAUCGUUUGGACUUCAGUACCACCGCCCCAGUUUAUGGGGACUGUUUGGGACUGGGCAUAACCGUUGGCUGUUCAUGCGGGCCUUUGGAAACGCGUCACCGAAGACUAGAGGCUGACCAGGAGCAUCUCCAAAAAGCCCUGUUCAUAGAGUUAACAGGUGAUCGGCAGGCCAGGUGACCAGGGCUCAGAGUGACACGAUGGGGGCUGCAUUCAGGCGUUUCUGUGCUUCGUUCUGCUGCUGCUGUUGCUGUGAGGAAGAGGAGCCAGAAGAGAAGGCACCCUUGCUGAACGAGACUCUGCUGUACUUUGACCGCGAGGCGAAGAAAAGGCGGGACCAGGAGACGAACCUGUGGAGCGAGCCGGGGGACCCCAGUCACUCAGAGAGGGAUGACGACCGCGAGCUCUACAACCUGCUGCAGAAGAGGGCCAAGACCCGCCGAGGCUCCCAGGGGUACCGGCGCCUCAGUGUGGACAUCAACGCGGUGAGAGAAGUGCGCCACGGCGUGAAGGAGAAGUGGAAGAUGAUUCUGGAGAACCUAGGGUUCAUGGAAGAGGCGGAGUCUCUCCUGACGGUGUCGUCCACCGACUCGUAUGACCGCAUGCGGAACGCGCCGGCGGCCCGGUCCCUGCUGCAAACCCUGUACUCUGAGACCUCCAUCUUUAGAAGCAAGGAGCCGCCGCCUGAGAGAUACAUGUUCAUCCUGGAUCGUCUGAUCUAUCUGGACGCGGCGGACGACUUUGUCGCCAAGGCCCGGCGCUUUUAUCCCAAAGGCGAGGAAGACGACGAUGACGACGAGCCCGCCCCGAACCUGCCCCUCCUCGUGACUAGAGCCGGUCUGAACACCGCGGGGGAUGAGGACGGGCUGGACGAGGAAGAGGCCAGCGGCGCUGAUGCAGAAGACGACAUCUUCGACGGCAAGUCCCUGGACUGACACGGUCCGGCAGUGCAGGCUGAUGACCACUAGAUGGCGAUGUUGUUGUUGUUGUUGUAGUGGGAACAGAUGGAACGCACUGGAGGUGAUGACACACACACCUCCAGUGAAGCAAUGAAGCAUUUCACAUCAUGGCUGUACUCGAUAAGUGAUCUGAGCCAAUCAGAAAAGUGCUUUGAUCGGUUGGCAUCUGUUCAUCAUUAAUUAUUUACCAGCUGAAAAAAUAUAUAUUUAAUAUUAACAUUGGCAAGUUAAUAUUAACUUGCUGAUGUGAAUAAAAUACAUUAGAUAAGAAAUUAAUUAAGAUCUCACUGUACAAAAACACUCGAAGCAGAUUUUCUUGCAAUGCGUAGUAUUAGCAAAAUAGCUUGACAAAUUAGUUUAUUCAAUGAUUUUCUGGAAGGGAAUCUCUGUCAUGCCACAUUUCCAGGCUCAAAUUGUCUGCUCAUUUAUCUAUUAGCAUUUUCUCACCAUUAUGUAAGGAUCUUCAAAAUGAUGGCUGACAAAUUUAUCAUGUGUUCAUAGAAACAGAGUGUUCUGCCCUGAUUCUGAGACAUGGCCGCAUUCCAAAUUCACCUAUUUUCUGCUGCCUUCAACCAGUAAAUAGCAAAGCAAGCAAAUUGCUUCUCUGUGUAUUGUACUGAUUUGAGACCAGUAACUCAACCAAUUGCACUGAAGCUAAAGCUAUCAUUUUCCUCAGACGGCUGACAUGCUUCACCAACUUCUCAACAUGAUCCUGUAACUAAUGAUGAGCAAUAUAAAGUGAGCUCUGUGAUGUUUGGGAUGAAGUCUGUACUCCACAGCUUUAGAUUUGUAAUCAAGCUAUUCUCACGUGGUUAAAAUACCAAUUCCUGGCUUUAAUUAAAGGGUAUUUUGAUACAUUUCGGUUUCACCAUGUACCAGCACAUUUUAUACAUAACCCCCCCACCCCCCCCACUUUGAAUAUCACCAUAAUGUUUGGUACAUAUUAAUGUUUUGUAAAUUGAAGUAGUCAUGUUUAGUACUUUAGUGCAUAUCUUUGCAUGCAAUGACUGCUUGAAGUCUGUUACCCAUAGACAUCACCAGGUGCUGCGUGUCAUCUCUGGUGAUGAUGCCAGGCCUGUACUGCAGCCUGUACUUGUUUCAGGGGCUAGUUGCCUUAAGUUUUCUCUUCAGCAUAUGAAAUGCAUGUUCAAUUGGACUCCAAUUGGGUGAAUGACUAAGCCAAGUCAAGAAGGUUCUACUUUUGGGCUUUGAAAACUCCUUUGUUGCUUUAGCAGUUUGUUUUGGAUCAUUGCUGUCUUGCUGUAGGCUGAAGCGCCAUCCAAUGAGUUUGGAGGCAUUUGCUUGAACGUGAGCAGAUUAGAUGCUUCCCUAUACUUCAGAAUUCAUUCUGCUACUGCUGUCAGCUGUUGCAUUAUCAAUGAAAACAAGUGAGCAGUACCUGUGGCAGCUAUAUAUGCCCAAACCAUAACACCCUCACCACCACAUUUCACAGAUGAAGGGGGUGCUUUGGUAUUUCGGGAAGUUCCUCUUGGCCUCCGCCCUU